AACCGUAUAACCUUAAAUUCACGUUACGACACGUGUGUCGGUUAUGAUGCUAGAUUAGAGUACAUUUGGGAAAAAGUAGUGUAGUGUUUAACACACAAACGAUUAAUAUUACGUCUGUGUUGUUCAAAGUACAUUCUGAAUCCGGUCCGCCGUCUUGCCCGGCCCUCCACAUCCGGUUUCUUGUCAGCUGUGAGACCGCUGCGUUCACGUUAGAAGUUGCUAUGCCUGCGGCUAAAAAGGAAACAAACACAGAGCUUUAAAUCGCGGUGGAACGAAAUAGAGUUUGUAAAGGUUAACAGGUGGCUUCAUACCAACCAUCAGUUAAUAAUGUUUUCUUUGUCGAUGACGGUCCAGCCACAGGUGACUCUACCCCUCAGCCACCUCAUCAACAUCCUCCAUCCUCUGAAACACUCAGUAGGAAGCAGCAGCUGUGCCACCUGCACAUCAAGAAAACACACAGAGCAUGCCUCAGACUCCGAGCUACAGUCUACAGAGUCCGUGUGGAACCUGCGGGAACUUGGACUUUCUGAUCUCGGCAAACAGCAGCUGGAUGAGCUGGUGGACCGGGUUUUAAAAGGUUUGAGCCCGGACGAUGUGGCGCCUCCAGUUGGUGGCCAGACAGCGUGGAGGGCCUCGUAUCUCUCCACUCACUCCUUUUUUCAUAACAAACACGGCUUCUCAUGGAACGCCACGGACCCAUCGGCUGUUUUCUUCUCAAAAAAUCGCCUUUCACCACUUCGGACUGUUUGCACAGACCUGAACCACUGGCCAGUGUUGUUUCAGAGCCGAGGCUUUAAAACGUUGAGGAGUAAAACCAGACGAGUACAGUCGGCCUUCGAGCGUCCUGUCAACUCGGAGGCUUACGCACCAUCUUUCAUUAAGGGUUUCCUAACCCGCGAUAAGGGCGUCGACGCUGAAAGUCUCGACAGCCUGCUGAAGAACAAGAACAUCCCUGACGGCCAGCAGGAGGCCUUCAAGAGGGGCUUUGCUGAGGGUUUCCUUAAAGCUCAAGCCUUAACGCAGCGCACCCAGGAUUCUCUGAGGAGGACUCGUUUGAUUCUGCUGGUGCUGCUCCUGGCUGGGCUCUACGGCAUCUCCAAAACGCCCUUCAUGUCAGUGCGGUUCCGAGCCACAUCAGGUCUGGACUCAGCUGUGGACCCGGUCCAGAUGAAAAACGUGACGUUCGAGCAUGUGAAAGGAGUGGAGGAAGCUAAGAAUGAGCUGCAGGAAGUGGUGGAGUUCCUGAAGAACCCUCAGAAGUUCACAGCCUUGGGAGGAAAGCUGCCUAAAGGCGUCCUGCUCGUUGGUCCUCCGGGGACGGGGAAGACGCUUUUGGCUAGAGCAGUGGCCGGAGAGGCAGUUGUGCCGUUUUACUAUGCCUCUGGGUCAGAGUUCGACGAGAUGUUUGUCGGAGUAGGAGCCAGCCGCAUCAGGAACCUUUUCAGGGAGGCUAAAGCUAACGCUCCCUGCGUGAUCUUCAUCGAUGAGCUGGACAGCGUUGGCGGGAAGAGGAUAGAGUCUCCCAUGCACCCGUACUCCAGACAGACCAUCAACCAGCUGCUGGCUGAGAUGGACGGGUUUAAAACCAACGAGGGCGUGAUCAUCAUCGGGGCGACCAACUUCCCAGAAGCCUUGGAUAAUGCCCUCAUCCGCCCGGGUCGUUUCGACAUGCAGGUGACUGUUCCCAAACCAGACGUGAAAGGGCGAACGGAGAUUCUCAACUGGUACCUGAAGAAAAUCAAAGUAGAUCCAGCUAUUGAGGCCAAUGUUAUUGCCCGGGGCACAGUGGGAUUCUCCGGAGCUGACCUGGAAAACCUGGUCAACCAGGCGGCCCUGAAGGCAGCAGUCGACGGCAAAGACAUGGUCUCCAUGAAGGAGCUCGAGUUUGCCAAAGACAAAAUCCUCAUGGGACCUGAGAGGAGGAGCGCGGAAAUCGACGAAAAGAACAAGACAAUCACAGCAUAUCAUGAAUCGGGUCACGCGAUUGUUGCCUACUACACCAAAGACGCCAUGCCGAUCAACAAGGCCACCAUCAUGCCCAGAGGCCCCAGUCUGGGACAUGUGUCGAUGCUUCCAGAGAACGACAGGUGGAGCGAGACUCGCUCUCAGCUCCUGGCUCAGAUGGAUGUUAGCAUGGGGGGGCGUGUGGCAGAGGAGAUCGUUUUUGGACAUGAAAACAUCACGACAGGAGCCUCGAGCGACUUUGACAGUGCCACCAGGAUUGCCAGGAUGAUGGUGACCAGAUAUGGGAUGUGUGAAAAGCUGGGUGUCAUGACCUUCUCCGACAUGACUGAACUAAGUCCUGAGACACAAGCUGCUGUGGAGCACGAAGUCAGGGUGUUACUGAAGGAGUCGUACGAUCGAGCCAAAGCCCUGCUGAAGUCCCACGCCAAGGAGCACAAGAGCCUGGCAGACGCUCUGCUGAUGUACGAGACGCUGGACGCCAAAGAGAUCCAGCUGGUCCUGGAGGGAAAACCCCUGGAGAGCAGAUGAAGUCAGCAGGGAUGGGUGCUUCAUUAGACAGAGGAGGAGAAUCGAAGUUGUGUGUAGACAUAUGAAAACAUCUGGAUGAGCGUUUAUUUGUUAGUGACAGGAUCUGGACGUUGCAGCUGAUUUCCAUUAGGUUAAAGGUAGAUGUUGUGAACAUUUGUCAUCUAUCUCCAUGUUUCUCCGUUUAAAACUGUAGAAUCUGCCAGAGUAUGUACCCCCCAACCACAGUGUGUAUCGCGUUUAGAUCCCAGCACCGUGUUGAAAAGAAAACGCCGUGCAUUUUCAGUGCUUUAUUAUCUACAUUUUGGCCUGAUUUACCAGACGAUUUGGCGUUUAAAUGAGCUUUUCAACACAUUUUAAGCUUUAAUGUAACUAAACCACAAGGUCAGUUCUGCACCUGCGUCUACUGCUUCCUGUUGUCUGUAUUUUUAAACAGAAUUUGCACUUUUCAGUGGGUUAAAGCUGCUCCUGUUCAGUUAUUUUGUUCUGCAGGAAAAAAGCUGUGAGACAAAGAAAGCUGAACAAGAGAACUUUUCACUAAGGAGUAUUGUAAGGUUUUAGGUUCUCUGACCUCCUGUAUCUGGUUUGGCAUGUGUAAAAAUGACUGGCUGAAGGGGGCGUUGUAUAUAAAUGUACAAUAAUGCUUUUAUGCUGUGUACACUCUGACUCUCUGCUGUAGAUCUUGUCAACGGUGGGAUGACGGUUCAUGUGCUGCUGAAAUAAAGAUGAAUACAAACUGAA